ACGGUGAAUAAAAGUCGUCUCCUUCCAGCACUGACCGACGGCUUUUCUUUUCUCAAAUUUCCUCAGUGCACCUUCCUUCUCUCUUUCUCUUUCUCUCUCUAAGAAGGAGGCAUUAGAAUUAGAUCAAACCCAUUUUUGCGAUUUUGUAAUUGGAGGAGCUGCUGAUCUUCACCAACAGUAUUCAAUUUCUGCUCGUCUGUAGAUCCAUCCAAUACAAGCCCACAAGGAUCUUCGACGAUUUGGGGGGAGCUGAGCAGUGGUGGCUCUCUCUCUCUCUUUGUCUCUCUGUCUCUCUGUGAGUGUGUCUCGCUAGGGCUGGAUCUGAGCAGUCAUGGCUUUGUCAGGCAUGCGAGGCCUCUCUGUUUUCAUCAGCGACAUUCGGAAUUGCCAGAACAAAGAGCAGGAGAGGCUCCGGGUCGAUAAGGAGCUUGGAAAUGUCCGUACACGCUUCAAAAACGAAAAGGGUUUGUCACCUUAUGAAAAGAAGAAGUAUGUUUGGAAAAUGCUUUACAUUUAUAUGCUGGGCUAUGAUGUGGAUUUUGGUCACAUGGAAGCAGUUUCUUUAAUAUCUGCGCCUAAGUAUCCAGAAAAGCAGGUUGGGUACAUUGUGACAUCAUGUCUGCUCAAUGAGAACCAUGAUUUUCUGAGAUUAGCGAUAAAUACUGUGCGCAAUGAUAUUAUCGGUCGUAACGAGACUUUCCAGUGUUUGGCAUUGACCAUGGUUGGGAAUAUCGGUGGGAGAGAAUUUGCGGAGUCAUUAGCACCUGAUGUUCAAAAGUUACUUAUUUCUAGCAGCUACAGACCACUUGUGAGGAAAAAAGCCGCACUAUGUCUAUUGCGCUUGUAUAGGAAAAAUCCUGAUGUUGUCAAUGUAGAUGGCUGGGCUGACCGGAUGGCACAACUUUUAGAUGAACGCGAUCUUGGUGUUUUGACAUCAUCUAUGAGCCUUCUAGUAGCCCUCGUAUCAAACCACCAUGAUUCUUACUGGAGUUGUCUUCCAAAAUGCGUUAAAAUAUUAGAACGGCUUGCUAGGAACCAGGAUAUUCCACAAGAGUACACCUACUAUGGUAUCCCAUCUCCCUGGCUUCAGGUUAAGACAAUGAGGGCUCUUCAGUAUUUUCCUACUGUUGAAGAUCCAAAUACCAGACGGUCAUUGUUUGAGGUCUUACAACGGAUAUUGAUGGGUACCGAUGUUGUUAAAAAUGUUAAUAAGAACAAUGCAUCGCAUGCUGUUCUCUUUGAAGCCCUUGCUCUUGUCAUGCAUCUGGAUGCUGAAAAGGAAAUGAUGUCUCAGUGUGUUGCACUGCUUGGAAAAUUUAUUGCUGUGCGAGAACCAAAUAUCCGAUAUCUUGGUUUGGAAAAUAUGACGCGCAUGUUAAUGGUGACGGAUGUGCAAGAUAUCAUCAAGAGACAUCAGGCUCAGAUCAUCACCUCAUUGAAGGAUCCAGAUAUCAGUAUUCGUAGGCGUGCUCUUGACUUGCUAUAUGGUAUGUGCGAUGUUUCAAAUGCAAAAGAUAUAGUUGAAGAACUAUUGCAGUAUCUUAGCACAGCGGACUUUGCAAUGCGUGAGGAAUUGUCACUUAAAGCUGCCAUUCUUGCCGAAAAAUUUGCCCCUGAUCUGUCAUGGUAUGUAGAUGUGAUUCUUCAACUAAUUGACAAAGCUGGAGAUUUUGUCAGUGAUGAUAUAUGGUUUCGUGUUGUGCAAUUUGUUACAAAUAAUGAAGACUUACAGGUCAGAAUGCUUUGCUGCAUUUUUACUUUAUUAGAUAUGUUUUUUCUAGUAAUUAUUAGACUGAGAUGUUAUGCACUUGAUCAGCCAUAUGCAGCAGCAAAAGCCAGAGAGUAUCUUGACAAACCUGCUAUACAUGAGACAAUGGUUAAGGUCAGUGCAUAUAUCAUUGGAGAAUUUGGCCACCUUUUGGCCAGACGGCCUGGGUGUAGUCCAAAGGAAUUAUUUAGCGUCAUACAUGAGAAGCUUCCUGCUGUAUCGACUUAUACUAUUCCUAUUCUUCUUUCAACAUAUGCUAAGAUCUUUAUGCACACUCAACCUCCAGAUGCAGAACUACAAAAUCAGAUUUGGGCAAUAUUCAACAAGUACGAGAGUUGCAUUGAUGUAGAGAUACAACAACGAGCUGCUGAAUACCUUGCCUUGAGUAGGAGAGGUGCAGCUCUUGUGGAUAUAUUGGCUGAAAUGCCUAAAUUUCCUGAGCGGCAGUCUGCAUUGAUAAAAAAGGCUGAAGAUACUGAAGUUGAUACAGCGGAACAAAGUGCUAUCAAGUUGCGGGCCCAGCAGCAAACAUCAAAUGCUUUGGUUGUUACUGACCAACGUCCUGCUAAUGGGACCCCACCUGUCAACCAGCUCGGUCUUGUGAAGAUUCCCAGCAUGAGCAGUAACGCGGAUCACAAUUCAACCAACCAAGCGUUAUCUCAGGAAAAUGGUACUUUGAGUACAGUUGAUCCUCAACCUGCUUCAGCAGAUCUCCUUGGUGAUCUCUUGGGUCCACUGGCUAUUGAAGGCCCUCCUGGUACUGCUGUUCAAUCACAACCGAGUGUAAUCCCUGGAGUAGGAGGCGAUUCAAAUGCAGUAGAUGCCGCAGCCAUAGUGCCUGUUGGCGAGGAGCAAAAUUCUGUUCAGCCAAUAGGAAAUAUUGCUGAAAGAUUUCUUGCUUUGUGCUUGAAAGAUAGUGGUGUUCUAUACGAAGAUCCUAAUAUUCAGAUUGGAAUUAAAGCAGAGUGGCGGGUACAUCAAGGAUGUCUUGUUCUUUUCUUGGGAAACAAAAAUACUUCACCGCUUGUGUCAGUUCAGGCUAUAAUAUUGCCUCCCUCCCAUUUCAAAAUGGAGCUCUCACUAGUACCAGACACUAUACCUCCCAGGGCACAGGUACAAUGCCCACUUGAAGUUGUGAAUCUCCGUCCAAGCAGGGAUGUAGCGGUUCUGGACUUCUCCUACAAGUUCGGUAACAAUAUGGUCAAUGUCAAGCUUCGCCUCCCAGCUGUCUUGAAUAAAUUUCUUCAGCCUAUACCAGUGUCUGCUGAAGAGUUCUUUCCUCAGUGGAGAUCACUAUCAGGACCACCUCUGAAGCUUCAAGAAGUGGUUAGAGGUGUCAAACCAAUGCCACUUGCCGAGAUGGCAAAUCUACUUAACAGUUUGCGAUUGAUGGUUUGUCCAGCACUUGACCCAAAUCCAAAUAACCUUGUUGCAAGCACAAUGUUUUACUCAGAAAGUACACGGGCCAUGCUUUGCUUGGUUAGAAUAGAAACAGAUCCAGCAGACAGAACCCAGUUGCGUAUGACAGUUUCUUCAGGGGACCCUACAUUAACACUCGAGUUGAAGGAGUUCAUCAAGGAACAACUAUGUAGCAUCCCUACAGCCCCUCGUGCACCUGGACCAGUGUCACCAGCACAUCCAGUAGCUCAGCCAACCAGUCCGGCUGCAGCAUUAACGGAUCCCGGGGCUAUGCUAGCCGGUCUGCUGUGACAAAGUGAAGAUGAUAUAUGAGGAUUUGUUCAUUAUACACUCGUAAAUCUGAUUUAUACAACCUACCCAACGGUAUCUCUCGCCAAAGUUCAAAAGGUGGAUAGAGAAAAUCCUGAUGCAAGGGCUGGCGGAAUCAAGUGUGAGCUAAUUUGUGCGGACGGCUUAGUGUUUGAGUGGAUCUCUCCAUGGGUUGGUCGGGGUUUUCAAAUUCUUUCUGUACAAUGCAAUUGUGCCUAAGUGAGAAGUUUUCUCGGUUUUGGGGUGAGGGUAUUUUUAUUUCUUUUUCUUUUUCUUCUUUCACAUUUUUUUCCCUUCCCAAUUUCAGUGGAUUGGUUUCUGUAGUUACACAGUACUUGACAGAACAGAAUGUAAGAUAUUGGCAGCAUGAAGUAGAUUAGUUGUAAUA